AUGGCCACCGCCAACCGCAACCGCCGCCUCCAAAAAGAGAUCGCCGACGUCCACAAAGACACCCACUCCGGCAUCACCCUCACCUCCCCCACCGGCUCCCCCGAAAUAACAGACUUCACCCGCUUCAAAGGCCACUUCGUUGGGCCCCCGGACACCCCCUACGAAAACGGACACUACGAAGUCGACAUCCGCAUCACCCCGGAAUACCCUUUCAAACCGCCCGAGAUGAAAUUCAUCACCCGCAUCUGGCAUCCCAAUAUCAGCUCGCAAACAGGGGCGAUAUGUCUGGACACCUUAAAAUCGGCCUGGAGUCCCGUGUUGACGCUCAAGAGCGCGUUGAUCAGUAUCCAGAGUUUGCUAUCAAGUCCGGAGCCGAAAGAUCCGCAGGAUGCGGAGGUGGCGUCUAUGCUACUCACGCGACCGGAGGAGUUCGCGCACGUGGCGCGGGAGUGGGCGAUACGGUAUGCGGAUGCUCCCCGACCUGGUCCCGGGUCGGGCAAGACCGGGGGUGGGAAGAAGGAGAGGCGGAGGCAGGAGGAGAGGGAGAAGAAGAAAGCCGAAGAGAGAAGGCGGAGGGAGGCGUAUCGGGGGUAUAAUCCUGCCAUGGUGGAGAGGUUUGUGGGGAUGGGUUUUGCGGUUGAGCAGGUCGUCGCUGCGUUUGAGUAUGUGGGGUUGGACAAGAAUGGAGGGGAGGAGUAUGAGAUGGAGGAGGAGUAUAUUGGGGAUGUCACGGCGAGGUUGUUUGGGGAGAUGUGA